AUGGAAAGAAAAAGGAAACCUAAGCAAUCUAGAACCAGGGAAAGGAAGAUUCAUACAGAUGAAAAGAUUGCGGAAAUGACUACUUCCAUUCUUGAUAUACCUGAUACCGUCCUUACUGAUAUUGUGCUGAGGCUACCUGUUAAGGCUAUCAUCAUGUGCAAGUGUGUUUGUAAACCUUGGCGCCGUGUCAUUUCAGACCCACAUUUUGCAGAGAUGCAUUUCGCCAGGGCGGAACCUUGUCCCUUGAUUAGGGCCUCGAGUGGUUCCAAAGUUUCGAGAAUGCUUUACCUGGUUGAGCAUUCCGAAAUUAAUGUAAGCUAUAAUGAUGAGAACUAUUCGUGUCCAGAAUAUGAAGAUGCAGUCAAUUUGAAGCUAGAUACAAGGUUGAAGAUCCCCCUUCGCAAUGUUGAAAUGGUGCCGCGAAACAGCACUAAUCCCAAGUCUGAGAGCGGCUUCAAAAGACGUUGUAUAAAGGUGACAGCAAAAGAGCACAAGUUUCAGAUUGUGAACUCAUGCAAUGGAUUUCUGUGUCUGUCGCAUCCUUUAUAUAACUACCCACUUGUAGUUUGUAAUCCAGUUACUGGUGAGUAUUUGAACAUUCCAGGGACAUGUGAAAGCAAUGAGCGCACCGACUAUGUGUGUUGCGGACUUGGGUACAGUGAGAGGAGCAACCAGUUCAAAAUUUUUAGAAUAUCUGACGGAGAAUCAUUAAUCGCUCCUUGUCCAAUAACAGGAGAAGAUGCUUGGCUUUUUGAGGUAGCUGAGGUACUCACCCUUGGCACAAGUACUUGGAGAAGAAUUGGUCAUGCUCCAUAUUGUGGAGGUGGGUAUAAACUGACUUUUCUGACUUGCGUUGGUGGAUCUAUUUAUUGGCUUAAUAAGUACGCGAAGAAAGUUGAUUUGAUACAUUCAUUUGACUUCAAUGAAGAGAAAUUCAGAGGAAUUAAACCACCUCCAUUCGCAGACUUAGGGCAGCUAGAUCAAUCUUUGAUGACUUUGGGAAUGCUCGGAGGUAGAUUAAGUUUGUGCACUGGCUUAAUCGACAUGAAAAAGAUCCAAAUUUGGACUUUGGAGGCAACUGGUGAAUGCACUUGGAAAUGUUUUAAGACAGUUAACUUGGACGUUGUUGAUAGGUGGCCUCUUGGUUCAUACUUGCCAAUAAAUUUUUGCAAAGAUAAGAAGGGGCUUCUAAUGUUUCAGUCACCUAAAAUUGCCUUCAUUUAUGCUUCCUCUGAACGAGACAAGUUGAAGUAUUUCAGAAUUCAUGCGACCAAAGCGAAAUAUGAAGCAGUUGCCCAUAACCCAAGUUUUGUCUUGCUCAGGGAUGUUAUCAAAGGAGACUCUGUUGAGAUAUUGAACACCAAUUCAAGGUAUCUUUCUCCAUCCCAGAUUAUGUCAGAUUACUCUCACUCUUUUUAUUAUUCCUUUAUUGCUUUGAGUUUAGUUGAUGCUUUAUGUCGAAACCCUUUUGUCUGCACUGAGGAAGAAUUUAACAUAGAUAGCUAUUGA